AUGGAUCUAAGCGUGAUCUACACCCAGGAAAGCUGCAUGCUUCUUGGAGGCCGGAAGACCACAGACAUCCCUCUGGAGGGUUACCUGUUGUCCCCCAUCCAGAGGAUCUGCAAAUACCCACUCCUGUUCAAGGAGCUGGCCAAGAGGACCCCUGGCAAGCACCCUGACCACCCUGUGGUGCAGAGUGCCCUGCAGGCCAUGAAGACAGUUUGCUCCAACAUCAAUGAGACCAAGAGGCAAAUGGAGAAGCUGGAGGCGCUGGAGCGGCUGCAGUCUCACAUAGAGGGCUGGGAGGGCUCUAACCUCACAGACAUCUGCACCCAGCUCCUCCUUCAGGGCACUCUGCUGAAGAUCUCUGCAGGCAACAUCCAGGAGAGAGCCUUCUUCCUCUUUGACAACCUGCUUGUCUACUGUAAGUGGAAAUCCAGGUGCAGGUUUGUGGGAAUAGAUGAUGCAGUGGGGUCUGAGCCUCAGGUUUGCUGGUGGCUGGAUGCCUUGAUCCGAGAGCGGGAACAGCGAGAGAGCCUGAAGCUGGGCAUGGAGCGGGACGCGUAUGUCAUGAUUGCGGAGAAGGGGGAGAAGCUGUACCACAUGAUGAUGAGCAAGAAGGUGAACUUGAUCAAAGACCGCGGACGGAAGCUGAGCACCGUGCCCAAGUGCUUCCUUGGCAAUAUCCAUCACGCCCCUCCCCCAGUGCUGCCACUGAUCGUCCACUUUUUCACCAGGGACCGUGACUACCACCUGAAGACCUACAAGUCUGUGGUCCCUGGGAGCAAGUUGGUGGACUGGCUGUUGGCACAGGGGGACUGCCAGACACGGGAGGAGGCGGUGGCGCUCCACAUGGGCCUGUGCAACAAUGGUUUCAUGCACCAUGUUCUCGAGAAGAGUGAGUUCAAGGAUGAGUCUCAGUACUUCUGCUUCCAUGCCGAUGAGGAGAUGGGGGGGACCAGCAGCAAGAACAAACCGCUUCACAAUGACUUCAGGCUGCUGGAGAACAUUCUGGCAAAGCGGUUGCUGAUCCCGCCGCAGGAAGAUGAUUAUGGCUUCGAUCUUGAGGAAAAGAACAAGGCUGUGGUGGUGAAGUCUGUACCGAGGGGCUCACUGGCCGAGAUGGCUGGCCUGCAGGUGGGGAGGAAGAUCUACUCCAUCAACGAGGACCUGGUGUUCCUGCGGCCCUUCUCCGAGGUGGAGACCAUCCUUAACCAAUCCUUCAGUUCACACCGCCCGCUACACCUCCUGGUGGCCACCAAGGCCAAAGAGACCAUCAAAGUCCCUGACCACCCAGAGGCCCUGUCCUUCCAGAUCCGAGGAGCAGCCCCACUCUGUGUCUUUGCUGUGGGCAGAGGCUCUGAGGCCAUGGCUGCUGGGCUCUGUGCAGGCCAAUGUAUCCUGAAAGUCAAUGGCAGCAGUGUGGCAAAUGAUGGUGCCCUCGAGGUCCUGGAGCACUUCCAAGCUUUCCGCAGCCACUGGGAGGAGGCCCUGGGUCUGUACCAGUGGGUCUACCAUAGCCAUGAGGAUGCUCAGCAGGCACGGGCCAGUCAGGGUGCCCCUGAUGAAGACUCCCAGGAGGAUGACCAACCUGACUCAGCCCUGCCCCUGCUGUCCCUGGGUCCCCAGCUGAGCCUGCAUGAGGAUGGCCCUGUGGUCAGCCUGACGCUGGACAAUGUGCACUUGGAAGACGGUGUGGUUUAUGAGUAUGUCAGCACAGCUGGAGCCAAAUGUCACGUGCUGGAGAGGAUCGUGGAGCCCCGCGGCUGCUUCCGCCUGGCUGCCAAGAUCCUCGAGGCCUUUGCUGCAGAUGACAGCAUCUUUGUGCAGAACUGUGGGCGGCUCAUGGCCAUGAGUAGUGGCAUUAUCACCAUGUCCCAUUAUGAGUUCCAUAACAUCUGUGACACCAAGCUGGAGAGCAUCAGUCAGAGAAUUGCCUGCUACCAGGAGUUUGCAGCUCAGCUGAAGAGCAGGGUCAGCCCCCCCCACUUCAAGCAGGCACCCCUGGAGCCCCACCUGCUGUGUGGCCUGGACUUCUGCCCCACCAACUGUCACAUCAACCUCAUGGAAGUGUCCACCUACCCCAAGACCACCCCUUCGGUGGGCAGGUCCUUCAGCAUCCGCUUCGGACGCAAACCCUCCCUCAUCGGCCUUGACCCAGAACAAGGCCACCUGAACCCCAUGGCCUACACUCAGCACUGUAUUACCACCAUGGCUGCCCCAUCCUGGAAAUGCUCAUUUGCGGUAAACGGGGACUCUCAAGGCCAGGGUCUCAAUGACAGCAGCUUCGGGUCAGCCACUGGUGGCCUCAGCCAGCAAGACUGGGGCCUGAGCUUUCUGCUCAAACAGGAAGACCGAGAGAUCCAGGAUGUGUACCUACAGCUCUUCACCAAGCUGGAUGUGGCCCUCAAAGAGAUGAAGCAGUACAUCUCCCAGAUCAACAGGCUCCUGUCUACCAUCACAGAGCCAGUGGUAGAGCACUUGCCUAACACAGAGCUGCAGCUGCACUGCCGGGACACUGUCUUCUGUCAGGCCCUGGUGGCCGCUGUGUGCACCUUCUCAGAGCAGCUCCUGGCCGCCCUUGACUACCGAUCCAACAACAAUGGCGAGCAUGAAGAGAGCAGCCGAGAUGCCAGUUGCAAGUGGCUGGAGCAGGUGGUGACCACCGGCAUCCUGCUGCACUGGCAGUCUCUGCUGGCACCAGCCACCGUGAAGGAGGAACGGACCAUGCUGGAGGACAUCUGGGUGACUCUGUCAGAACUGGACAAUGUCACCUUCUCCUUUAAGCAGCUGGAUGAGAUGUCUGUGGCCAACACCAGCGUCUUCUACCACAUCGAGGGCAGCAGGCAGGCCCUGAAGGUAGUCUUCUACCUCAACGGCUUCCACUUCUCCAGGCUGCCCUCUUGCUUGGAGGGCGGGAUCAGCCUCAGGCUGCACACUGUGCUCUUCACAAAAGCUCUGGAGAAUGUGGAAGGGCCGCCACCCCCCGGCAGUCAGGCUACAGAAGACCUACAGCAGGAGAUCAACACUCAGUCCCUGGAGAAGGUGCAGCAGUACUACAGAAAGCUCAGGGCAUUUGACCUGGAACGGUCCAACCUCCCUACAGAUGCCGGCACCACAGCUGUGAAGAUCGACCAGGAGUACCCUGAGUGUGUCCCUGGAACAGGCAGCCAUCCUGGCGUGGAGUCACAGGCUGCUGCCCCAGUGUGUCAUGCAGGCCACAGACAUCAUGCACAAGCAGGGUCCCUGAGUGGAGAUUUUGGCCAAAACCCUUUGAAUCAAGGACCCAAUGCCUCAAGGUGCACCACGCCUCUACCGCCUCUGCCAGCCUCCAGUGGAUGGAGACCUCUGAACACCAACAUGCACCCUGUUCGGCCACUGCCUCUGCAGCUGCAAUGUGAGAGGACAUGGAGGGGCCACAGGUGA